UUUCCUUUCAGACUAAGUCCACCUUCCGGUCCGGGCCCUUUGCUGCGGAAACGUCGGUUCUGGUUUUCGGAGUGGAUUUUGACCAUGGCUGCAGAGUCUGAUGUUCUGCACUUCCAGUUUGAACAGCAAGGAGAUGCAGUCUUGCAGAAAAUGAAUCUCUUGAGACAGCAGAAUUUAUUUUGUGAUGUAUCCAUUUAUAUUAAUGACACCGAGUUCCAGGGGCACAAGGUGAUAUUAGCUGCUUGCUCCACUUUCAUGAGAGAUCAGUUUUUACUCACACAGUCAAAACAUGUCAGAAUUACCAUCUUGCAGAGUGCAGAAGUUGGCAGAAAAUUGUUGCUCUCUUGCUAUACUGGAGCGCUUGAAGUGAAAAGGAAAGAGCUUUUGAAAUACUUGACUGCUGCUAGUUACCUUCAGAUGGUUCACAUUGUGGAAAAGUGUACAGAAGCUUUGUCAGGAUACCUGGAAAUUGAUCUUUCUAUGAAAAAUAACAAUCAACAUACCGACCUAUGUCAAUCCUCUAACCCAGAUGUUAAAAAUGAGGAAGAAAAUACAGAUAAAGACUGUGAGAUCAUUGAAAUUUCAGAAGAUAGUCCUGUAAACAUAGAUUUCCACGUUAAAGAAGAGGAAAGCAAUGCAUUGCAGUCUACAGUAGAGAGCUUGACAUCAGAGAGACAGGAAAUGAAGUCACCAGAGCUGUCUUCAGUUGAUAUGGGUUUUAAAGACAAUGAAAUCUGUAUCCUCCGUGUGGAAUCUAUAAGUACCGAUGGUGUAGAAAAUGAGCAGUUUUCACAGCCUUGUACCUCUUCAAAAGCAAGCAUGUAUUUCUCUGAAACACAGCAUUCACUGAUCAAUUCUACAGUUGAGAGCAGAGUGGCAGAAGUUCCUGGGAAUCAAGAUCAGGGCUCAUUUUGUGGGAAUAUUGAAGGAAGUCAUGGAACAGCAAAUGAGAUUCAGAACCUGGAAGAUGUUUAUUCACUGAGGCACCAGUGCCCCAGGUGUCCACGAGGAUUUCUUCAUGUUGAAAACUAUCUGCGCCACCUUAAGAUGCAUAAACUGUUCUUGUGCUUACAGUGUGGGAAAACAUUUACACAGAAGAAAAAUCUCAACCGGCACAUUCGAGGGCACAUGGGCAUAAGGCCCUUUCAGUGUACUGUGUGCUUGAAGACAUUUACUGCUAAAAGCACGUUGCAGGACCACUUGAACAUACAUAGUGGGGAUCGGCCAUACAAGUGCCAGUGUUGUGACAUGGAUUUCAAGCACAAAUCUGCCCUCAAAAAGCAUGUAACCUCUGUGCAUGGCCGGAACAGUGGUGAAAAAAUACCUAUUCAUGAUCUCAACAAACAAAAUCUGUUAUAGUAGAAUCACACCUUGCUAUGGAAGCUAUGUUAGGCAAGUCUUUCUUUAGAAAUGCAGCAUUUGUAAUAUUGUUUUCCUCUUCAUCUUUGGGUCUUAUUUUUGGUCUGCCUACACAUUAUUCUUUCUGACUUAUACUAAGAGUUCCAAAGUGUGGGAGACAUGAUAAAGCUGAUGGAAUGCUAUCUCACAUCUUGUGUUACAUAAGUCCCAAUUGUAUACCUAGAGAUAUAUUGUUCUUCUCUUAAAUAUUAUUGAUUCUAAUAACAGUGGAUCCAGCAGAAUUUCCAUAUUCAGAUUUUGAAUAUCUAUGUAGUUGAUGGAAGUGUAAAAUAAUCUAGCCAUGUAAUAACUAAUGAACUAAGAUAAUGGAAAGAUAAAUUUUAAAAUACCCUACUAUCUAAUAUUAGUCACUUUAAAAUCAGAUAGGACUAGUAAAUUUUUUAACCUACUGCUUUUGGAUUGCAAACUAAACACCCAGAUACCUGUUGUUAUAAAAUGUAAAAGAACACAAUUCAUAUUCACUUGGGAAUAGCAGAAUUACCUUAUACAUUUCUUAAAAUACUAUUUCCAUGGUUUGUUAGUAUGCAUAUUUUAUAAAUUAUUCAAUAGGCCAAAAUAGCUUGAUUUGAUUUAAUACAGUGGCAUCUAAUAAUUUUGUGGCCAGUAAAAUACCAUUGGCUUGAAGCUCUAAAAAAUUACUUUUAGAUAUCCCAGUUUUGUUUUGUUUUUUGUAUUUAUUACACCUUUUUUGUUGUUGUUAAAUAUAUUUUUAUUGAUUUCAGAGAGGAAUGGAGAGGGAGAGAGAGAUAAAAACACCAGUGAUGAGAGAGAGUCAUCAAUCAGCUGCCUCCUGCACGUCCCAUACUGGGGAUCGAGCCCACAACCCAGGCAUGUGCCCUGACUGGAAAUUGAACCGUGACCUCCUGGUUCAUAGGUCGACACUCAACCACUGAGCCAUGUCGGCUGGGCUACCCUUUUAUCUUUUAGUUAACAUAUAGUAAAGUUGACCUUUGUCAAUUUUGUAUCUAGAUAAUAGGAAUGGUAUGCUCAAAACACUUGUAGCAGACAUCUCUGAAGUCAUCAGACAGAAGAACACUUCCCAUAUCUAGCUCCUUCUCACUGCUUGUUUACUUUCUCGAACAGUGAUCCCCUUUGCUAAAUGAUUUGUUUUUGGUAUACAGUUUCAUGAAUUUUAACACAUGUAUAGAUUUAUGCAACCACCUCUGUAAUUAAGAUACAGAACAUUCUAUCACUCCCCCCCUCAAACUCUUUUAUGCUGCCCUUUUGUAGCCAGUUCUUCCUCCUAACUCUAAACGCUGCCAACAGUUCUUCAUCAGUAUAUCUUGCCUUUUCUGGAAUGUCAUAAAUGGAAUCAUAGUAUGAGCUCUUUUGAGAUGCUUCUUUCAACUAGCAUCAUGCCCUUUGAAAUUCAUACAUUUUGUAUGUGUCAGUAGUCCAUUCCCUUUUCUUUACGAAUCAUCAAUACAUAGUAAUUUUCUUGAUAUCACUAGACGAACAGUUUAAACAUGGACAUCUAUUAGUGUUCUCUUAAUUAUUAAUAGUCAUUAACGUUAAUGCAAUUUUUAUUUACUGUAUGUUGACAAAAAGCUUAACCAUCUUUAGAGUUUUAUGCUAUAUUUCCAGAAAUGUGCCAAAAGCAAAACCAUGACCAUAUGGUUAUUUUACUUACAGUAAUAUUUCAGAUUGUGUUAUGAGCCAUUGCUCUCCAAUAUCCUUGUCUACAUGUAACACAAAACUUCGUUGUCAUACAGCAGAUUAAAAUAUAUUGCAGGGCAAGUCAUAUCUUCUAAAAGACAGGAACCACUUUUAGUAAAGAAGCCUGACUGGAUGCAUCUUACUUUCAAGAUGUUCUAUUCCUCUUCUACUCACCUCAGCUUUAUGUAGCAUUUCUGCUAUAUUUAGUAUCUGUUGAAGCCCUUCCAUAUUUUAAUAUGUAAUAUACUUUGUAUCAUUUAUAAGAAUUUUGUGAUGAAUCACAUGUUGAUUGUUGUAAAUGUUAAUUAUCCUUUUUGUGAUACUUGUGAAAAAUAUAUUUUCUAUAGAAUUUUAACUCUGAGAGAGACUUUAAAGAAUCUAGCUCUCAUAUUUGAUAAGAAAGCCAACUUCAUGACCCCUCAGGUCACCAUUUAGUAUCAUUGGACAAAUCACCUCUUCUUGAGCUUCUCUUAAAUUUAUAUACAAAAUAAUAACUUUGAUCUUGAUCAUUUGUAAUAUCAUUUCCAGGUCUAAAAUUCUGUGAUUUUAUAUUUAAACCUUCCAGAGUUCCUAAGAACAGAGAAGAGGGGAAAGCAAAAGAGAGUUUGGUGUCUUUAUGAAUGUUGCUAUUUGCGCACUCCUUCAGAGACAGAAUUUUUCUAAAGCAAAUAGUGUUUUUCUUCCACUGGAGAACAUGCUAGUGCCAUGCUUAAUUUUCUUUCCCAUUUGAUCUAUGAUUGGCUAUUUGUAGACAUUUUUUCUAUCAGAAAUAGUUUGUGUUUGAAAUACUUUUUCUUAUUUUUGCUUUCUAGGAUAAAAUUUAGUUGGGGAGGGAUGCAGAUGGGGUGGGUGAACAAAUAGUAAACUUUUUUGCUGUUUUUUUAUGAAUUACUUAUCUUUGAUAUUAAAAAAAGAGUUAUGGUUGAAUAUGUUUAAGUUUUAUGUGUGCCUUGUAAGAUUCUUGUGAAAUUUUUUGUAAGCACUUUGAGAUUUUUGCGUGUGGGGAAAGGGUGUUUUGUGAAAGUGAUUGUUAUUUAUUUAUUUAUUCCUGUCCAUGUAGCACAGAGUGAUCUCAAAACAUUUCUAGGUGAAUGUCUGUUUGCAUGAUGUGCUUAAACAAUUUCAGGAAAAUGAAAUUUUUUUUAAAUGCAGGCAUGACAAAGUAAAGUGUUGAAUUUAUUCAUUUAAACAUUCACUUUUGGUUGUUUGUUUUUCUAUAUGAUGGGGAAAAUGCAAAAUGUUUGUCUUAAGCCUCUUCAUUUACUGCAUUUUUGAGUAAAAGAUCUUGGAAAGGUAGUUGUUACUUUGGUAUAAGAGAAAAUCCUUUCCCUUUUUCCUUAGAUGUAACUAUCAUAUAUGUUUACAUAAGAAAUAAUAAACUGGAGAUGGGAAUGGA